AUGGCACAACCAAGAGGAUUCAUUGACAACGAAUUUCCCGAGCACGUCUGUCACCUUCGAAAAUCUAUAUAUGGCUUACGUCAGGCACCGCGACAGUGGUAUACUACAUUCACGAAAUACUUAAUUCAACUUGGAUUUCACUAUAGCACGGCGGAUCCCCCUCUGCUCACAUUCAAACAAGAUUCGACUCUUCUCUUUCUGCUUGUAUACGUCGACGACAUUCUGGUGACCGGGAACAAUGAAGCACUCCUAUCAAACAUGCUGUCCAAAUUACACAGUAAAUUCAAUAUGAAGAACCUCGGCUUGGCUCAUCACUUCCUUGGCAUCAAAAUACAAAAACUUCAAGAUAAGUAUUUCCUAUCUCAGUCUGCUUACGCUACCUCCAUUUUAAAUUCAGUAAAUCUACUUCACUGUAACCCCCUCACUAAUCCCUCGUGCACGAAACUUCCCGAUCAGGUUCCAAACGACAGCAAUCUAUCCGCAAACGAGACCUACAAACGGGUAACAGGAUCGCUGCAAUACUUGACGUUAACUCGCCCGGACAUUGCACACGCGGUUAACGUCCUCUCUCAGCAUCUGCAUGAACCAUCUCAAACACAUGCCUACCUUCUCAAGCGACUGUUACGAUACAUCAAAGGAACACUGUCGUUCGGCUUACCCAUUCUACCGGGAUCACUCAACCUUUCUACCUACUCAGACGCAGACUGGGCAGGCGAUCCAGUCACAAGAAAGUCCACAAUGGGUCACUGCACAUUCCUCGGCAGCACGCUCGUCUCGUGGACAGUCAAGAAGCAGACGACAGUUGCUCGGUUGUCCACAGAAUUCGAAUACUGGGCACUCGCAGCUGCUACCGCCGACACCAUUUGGCUCAAGCGUCUGCUUACCGACUUCAGUAUACAACAUAGCCAGCCGAUCGAGCUCUUCUGCGAUAACACCUCUGCAAUCGCGCUCGCACACAAUCCAGUGUAUCACGCCCGCACGAAGCAUAUCGAAAUUGAUCACCGGUUCGUCCGCGAUCAUAUUCAAAACCAGGUCAUCCGCCUAACUCCGAUCGACACUCUUCAUCAAAUCGCGGACAUCUUCACUAAGCCACUACCUACAGCUCGAUUCAAGGAUCUCCGCUCCAAACUCACGAUUCAAGAUGAAUCAUCCGUUUGA